CGCAAGGCCAAAACCCUCGACCCGAUAACCCUCUUCCACACGCCCAGCAACCCGGCGAGCAAGAACGCGUACAAGAUCCUGCAGCGGGCGUCGACGCAGGCGCAAUCGCCCGACGCACCGGCGGGCGGGCGCGGCGAGUUCCAGCUGGAGGUGACGACGGCGCCGCCGACGACGGACCAGCUGCGCAACAUCCUGGACUAUGUCACCGGGAACCCCGCUGGGGCGGGGGCGCCGGACAAGGGGUCGCGGUGUGCCGUCGGGGAGGUGGUGCGCGGGGCCAAGGAUGCGGAGGAGGCGAUUCGGCGGUUCAAGGGGGAUCCCGAGGGGACGUUUGUGAGGCCGAUUACAGUCGAUUGGACGAAUGGGCAGGCGGUUGUUGGGGAUAAUGAGUCGGAGAUUUUGAAGAUGGUGCAGCAAAUCAACGAGAAUUGA